AUGAUUCUACAGAAACUCCUAACACAGAGAAACGCCCAGAGAAACGUAGUGCAGCAAUACUUAGAGAAAAUCGAGGCGAUCAAAGACGAAGCAAACUUCUCACCUAUAAAGUACAAUGCCGGUAUGGAGUCAUUGGAGGUGAAGUUUCAACAGCUCAAGGUACUUGAUGAGAAAUUUUCAAAUCAGACAGAUAUCGAGGAACUCAACGAUGAGACGUUACAGACGGAGAUGUAUUCCUUGGAUCUAUACAUGCAGUUACAGCUAUUGAAAGACUUUGGUAAGCAGAGAGAAGAACAAACAACGAUAACACAAUCAACAUCGACAGAGCAAGGACAGAACACAAAUGCGGUAAUGACAGACAGCCAAACUGUAAGUGAACUUUCUAGAGUUUCCCAUCCGUCCCAGUUUCAUAAACUUCCUAAUCUGGCCCUUCCCACAUUUGAUGGUAGUAUUCUACGCUGGCAGAUCUUUUGGGACUCGUUUGAUUCCACAGUCCAUAGUAACCCCAACCUAACUGAUGUACAACGUUUCAGCUAUCUUAAGAACCAAUUAGAAGGCGAGGCUGAACGUACUAUAGAAGGAUUUGCCUUGACCAACGAUAAUUAUAGCAGAGCGGUCAGUCUGUUAAAGGAAGAUUUGGUCAGAAAUCAACCACAGACCCGGCCUGAAAUAUCUUCUACCAUAAGACCAGAAGCUGCUAUAUUUCAUUCUACGUCUAGAAAUGUCAACGCAGGUGUUUUGCUAAAAACUGCGACAGCAACAGUAAGUUCCGGAAGUAUAGACGCGGCUGCGAACAUACUGCUAGACGAGGGUGCGCAAAGAUCCUUUAUAACAGAAGAUCUAGCCAAUCAGUUGAAAUUAACACGUCAGCGUCCUGAAACAAUUUCCCUUUCCACAUUUGGUAACCAUGACAACAGACUAAUGCAUCUUGAUACAGCAACCGUGCAUAUUGUAACAGACGAGCGUGAAUUGAUACCAAUCCAUGUACUAAUUGUCCCCAGCAUAGCUACGCCCAUGAGUAACAGAACCAUACAUCAAGUGUCUAAAUACAGUUACCUGAGAGACCUAAAACUAGCCCAUCACAUAACCGGAGAAAUGAUAUUCAAUAUAUCUAUACUGAUUGGAGCAGAUUACUACUGGACGAUAGUAGAAGACCAGAUUAUAAGAGGAGAAGGACCGACAGCUGUGAAAUCCAAGCUGGGAUACUUGUUAUCGGGACCAGUAGCAGACGAUAGACAUCGUAACGUGAACCAAUCAGAACACGUGAUGAAUGUUAGUAUAACCUCACGUGCAGCAGACGAAAUGUCAUUAGAGCGAUUCUGGAAAUUAGAGAGUAUGGGAAUUCUACCAGAGGAUGAAGACACGAAAGAUACCAGCGUGUUACAACAGUACAAGGAUACGUGCAUUGAUAUCGAAGAUGGACAGUAUAUAGCCAAACUACCGUGGAAGCAGGAACACCCUACCCUACCGACGAACUACAACGUCACUCUACGACGUACUGAGAACACCAUACGUAGACUAUCCAAAGAACCCAAAAUGCUGCAGUUCUACAGUAAAAUAAUCUCAGAUCAAGAGAACCGCGGAUUUAUUGAAAAAGUUAGUGACGUCACAGAGACUCAAACCAGGGUUCAUUACAUACCGCAUCAUCCCGUACGUAAAGAAUCAAGUACCACCCCAGUUCGGAUAGUGUUUAGACUACACAGAUAUGCAGUGACAGCUGAUAUAGAGAAAGCCUUUUUACAAAUAGGACUCCACAAAGAUGACCGUGAUGUAACUCGUUUCUUCUGGCUCAGCAAUCCAAACGACCCAAACAGCCCUCUUGUGACCUAUAGGUUCAAAUCCGUUCUUUUCGGUGCCACGUGCUCGCCUUUCAUACUGAGUGCCGCUAUUAGUAAACACCUUGACAACAACACGCACGUGAAAGCUGCAUCAACUAUUGAACGUGAUUUGUACGUUGACAAUGUACUAUCCAGUUUUAGAGAUGAGGAUGAGUUAUUAAAGUUUUACCGCGAAUCCAGAAACCUUCUAUCUAGUACCAAAAUGAAUCUACGAUCAUGGGCUUCCAACAGUCUAGAAAUACAGAAGUUAGCAGCAGACGACAAAGUUGCUGAAGAAGACGAAUCAAGCAAAGUGCUAGGAAUGCUAUGGAAUACAAAAUCAGACACGCUUACAUUCGCACAGAGAGAUAUUCCAGUCUUAGACAGUGUAACAAAACGAGAUAUAUUGAAGUUUUCCUCUCGCAUAUACGACCCUCUUGGCUUACUUAGCCCGGUGACCGUUCGCGCAAAACUACUUAUGCAAGAUAUUUGGAAACAGAAAGUAGACUGGGAUGAACCAUUAUCAGAUGAGUAUCUACAGAAAUGGAAUACGCUAACAACAGAUUUAUGCUCUUGUCACGAUACCCAUCUCAGCAGACGAUAUUUACCAUCCAGCGACACUAUCCAACAGUCUUUUGAAUUGCACGUGUUUGUGGAUGCAAGCAUUCAAGCAUACGGAGCAGCAGUUUACAUUAGCAACAACAUACAAUCAAGAAUCGUGAUAUCGAAGAACAGAAUUGCACCAGUGAAGCCAUUGACCCUCCCGAAGCUUGAACUCAUGGCUGCAGUUGUAGGCGCACGCAUAGCUAAACAUGCACAGGAUUCAUUACAAAUAGAAAAAGUAACGUUUUGGUCCGACAGUCAGAUUGUUUUGAGUUGGUUAUCGAGCGAUAAACCAUUACAGCGAUUUGUUAGAAAUCGAGUCGAUGAAAUAAAGAGUUUGAGUGGCGACUUUCCUUGGCGAUACUGCCGUACGAAAAAUAAUCCAGCCGACUUAUUGACUAGAGGAAUCACAGCACGAGACCUAAGUACGAGUACCCUGUGGGAAUCCGGACCUACCUGGCUUACAGACAAACUUCAAUGGCCAACCUGGAACGAUAGAAAUUCUACAUCUUUACAAAAGAACACACAAGAGCUGAUAUCGCACGACUUACAUACCACUUCAGUACAGUAUACUUCAGAUAACACCAUUUAUACUACGGGAAUUAGUCAGAUAGUAGACAUUAACCGAUACAGCAAGCUGAAUAGAUUAUUGAACGUGACAGCGUACGUGCUUAGAUUCGCUUCAAAUUGCCGUUCGCCACGUACAGACCGGAAACUAGGUAGUUUGACAUCACACGAAGUGAACACGGCUAGGAAUAUUUGGAUAAAAGAUAUUCAACAAUCUACAUUUACCCAAGAAAUAGUCUCUAUGGAAACCGGAUCAGCUCGUGCAACGCUAGUGAGACAACUUAGACUAUACAUUGAUGAAAACGGUUUCAUACGAUGUCGUGGCAGAAUUCACAAUGCACCGGUAGAUAAACAAACUAAGUUUCCGUACCUGUUACCAGACAAGCACAACUAUACCAGACUACUCAUUCAAGAUACACACGAGAGAUUACUACAUUCCGGCGUAUCAUCUGUCGUUACCCAGUUACGCCAGCUAUACUGGAUACCUUCUAUACGACGUAGCGUCCAGUCUGUAUUGAAGAAAUGUGUAGCUUGUAAGAAAGUCAACGGACGACCUUACAUGUCCCCAGACGCCCCGCCCUUACAUAAGAUACGAGUUGAAGAUGCAAAGCCAUUCCAUGUAACUGGUAUAGAUUUUUCAGGAGCGCUACACGUACGUGACCGUGACAGUAGAGAAAUGAAGGCAUACGUUUGUUUGUUUACUUGUGCUUCAACCAGAGCAGUACAUCUUGAAUUAGUUCCAGAUAUGACAACAGAUACAUUCAUACAUGCACUAAGGCGGUUUUGCUGCAGACGAUUUGUUCCGGAAGUCAUUAUGUCCGAUAACGCAACGACGUUCCACGCAUCAUCACGUUACGUACAUGAACUAUUUCAAGAUGAGCGAGUACAGCAUAACCUUACCACACGCGGCAUAGAAUGGAAAUUCAUUCCAAAGAGAGCUCCCUGGCACGGCGGAUGGUGGGAGCGGUUGAUCGGACUGACCAAGGAAACACUGAAGAAAGUACUUGGACGUUCAUUUGUCACAUACCAGACAUUAAGUACAGUAGUUACUGAGACAGAAGCGAUUCUUAACGACCGACCGCUAACAUAUGUCACAUCCGAUAGUUCAGACCCAGAGCCGUUAACACCGUCACACCUGAUGUUUGGCAGACGAUUUACCUCCCUUCCGUUUUCACACAACGAUACAGACAAUCUCGAUCUGACCAGUGGUAACCUUAGCAACCACCAGUCUAUUAUUAAACAGGCUCGUAUUCAACAGACGCUGGUCGAACACUUCUAUCAACGUUGGCGCCGGGAGUACCUGACGGGCCUCAGAGAAAAUCAUCAGGCGACAGGGAAUAACUCGCAGACGAUUUCAGUUGGAGAUGUUGUCCAAAUACAUGACGAGACGCCGAGAAAGCGCUGGAGACUAGCCGUGGUACAACAACUAAUCCCUGGUAAAGACGGACUAUUUCGCUCAGCUGUGGUCAAGACGUCCACAGGAGUAACUAACAGACCACUCGUGAAGCUGUUCCCAUUAGAAGUGAGACAAGAAAACACAUAA